AUGUCUUCUCCAACAGGUAUCAUAACCUACACCUCAGCGCCCGUGAACUCCAACCAGGAAGAAGGCACACACACAACAACCUCGCAGCCCGAACCCGCCACCGCAAUUGAGUCACUAGCAAGCGCACCCUCCGAACCUCCAUCAGCACCCGCAACAACAACAGCAACAGCAACAGCUCCUUCCAACCCCCCGAUCUACACAACCGCCGAGCCCAAACUCUCAACACCACCACCACCCCAACCAGGCGCCACACCGGUCCAACCAACCCCAACAGCAACCCCAACAGCUGCCCCGGAAGCACCACCACCAACCACCACCAUCCCAGAGCCAGCAACAUCCACAACCCAAACCCCACCAGCCCCCCAACCGGGCGCCCUCCCAUCCCCAGAAACCAGAGCAUCAGCAACACCCACAUCCCGCUCUCCACACCCCCAACCCCCCAAACCCAGCGACCCCAUCUACCCACCGCCCCCAUCAGCCCGACCAACAAAUCAAACCUACACGCAAUCUUACUCCUACAACGCAUCUACCCUGGGUCCGCAGACUGCAUCACCUAACUCGACUUCCUCGCCUUAUUCGUCUGUUUACCAGGGGAACGCGGGAUCGCACGCUCGUCCGCAGACCCUGCCGUUGCAUUACGGUGCUGGAGAUGGGGCUGGGUAUGGGGGUGGGGCGAGUAGUAUCUUCCCUGAUGAGGAGGAGGGGUUUUUGGGUGCGGCGAAGGGGUGGAUGAGGUGGUCUGGGAAUAAGUUGGCGGAGGUUGAGAAGGGGGUUUGGAAGAAGAUUAAUGAUGUUCAUGAGUAG